AUGCCGCCCAAACGUGUUACACGCCGGGCUGGCGCGACUCCUCAACGGCCACAUCAAGAACCAGAAUUCGAGUCCAUCCUCGACCGUGUGCAAGGGCCUGUUUUGCCCAGUGUUCCAGUCCAAGCAUCCUUCAACUAUGGCGCUGCUACUACCACAGGAUUACCUCAGCGCAUGUCGAUGCGCCCCAACAUUGGGAUUGAUCAGAUGGCUGGAACAGUCAAUGCCCAUCUUGAGGUUGCUCGGAAGCGAACAGCCGCCACGAAGAAGAAACAAGGCCCCCAGGCACACCAGCCAAAGCGUGAGCCAACACCCGACCAGACCCAGCUUCAGCAGUCGCUGCAUAACGCAGCAGAUGAACACUCCGAUAAAACUCCUUCGCCUCCUGUUCCACAUUCGGUAUCUACAGACUCUAGUCCUGACGCUCAACCUCCACUGCAACGCCACUUAUCGAACUCUCCGCUUUAUCCAUCGCCCCUUCAACGGAUGGGAUCUCCUCGCGUUCAUAGUCCUCUGGGUAGCAGCUCGCCAUUCCGCCACAGCUCUGUUGAUAAUGCCUCUGUGGCGUCUUGGAAUCUGGAACGUGAUAUUAACGAAGAUGAUCUACAAAGAACGCGACCAAGCAAACAUGGACGCAAUAUCACAGCGCCCCCUCGACGAAUUUCUGGCCUGGCUAAUGUUCUCGAGGAGGACGAAGAGGAUGUCAAGUUUGAUCCGGCAAUAUAUAACGAUUUCGAGCCCGAUGUCCCCAAGGAAAGCCUUUUACGUCGAUGGCUAGGAGCAGUGCGGUCCCGACGCCAGGAGCCACAGAGUCGCCAUGAAAAUGAACCUCCCAGCGAGGUACGCCGAAAAAGCUGGAUGCAGAAGUUUGAAGCAGCAAUGGAGGGCCGCUACCAAAACUGGAUUCGGGCCGUGUUCUAUUUGCUUUUGUUCCUGAGCUUUAUUUUCGUGCCCCUGAUUGCCGCGAAGCUUCGCGAUUAUCUAGAUCAUGGUGCCCUGGAUUGGGAUUCCUCCUCGAACAUGACCAUAAUUAAACCGGAAGUUCUCCAUAGCAUUCGGAGCCAGGUAUCAAAAAUGGACGCUCAGAUGUCAUCCUUGUCGAAUGAGAUCAGUUCUGCUCGAUCAGAAUCGUCACUUUCCAUUCAUGACUCGACGCCCACGGAUGCGAGCCUCCAUCGAAAACCGGUCCAUAAGCGUGCUUCCCUCCGAGCACUUCUUUGGGCGAGUUCAUUUGUGUCCAGGCGGCCCAUCCGGUCACAGCAAUCUCCCAUGUCUGCGCUUACCACGUGGGAAGAGGUGGGCGACUGCUGGUGCAGUGCCCCUCGAAAUGGAACGACCCAACUGUCUGUACAUCUCGGUCGCGACAUCGUGGCCGAAGAAUUGAUAGUUGAGCACAUUCCGGUGGGCGCUUCUCUCGAGCCAGAGGCGGCACCUCGAACAAUCGAAGUGUGGGCGCGCUUCAAAGUCAACCCCCACAAAGCACCAGUCAAAGCCAAACCAACCCCCGAGGCUAGACCUGGCCGGCUUGGCUUCAUGAAGCUCUUCGGGGAUGCGACAGUAACACAAGAACCGCCGUCAACGCAGGCCCCUUCAUCCCACGAAACUGGACUCGGAGGAUUCCUAAUCCCUGGAAUCGGUUCGCUUCACGCGUUGGUGAUGGAUCUAUUGCGACGGAGCAACCCCUUCGAGCCCCCAAACGCUUAUUCAGACGACCCAAUUCUCGGCCCCAACUUCUACCGCAUCGGGAAAGUCGAGUACGACCUCCACAGCCCGGACUACGUGCAGGCGUUCAAGCUCAAUACCAUCGUCGACGUGUCAACCAUCCGUGUGGAUAAGGUUGUCUUCCGAGUGACUUCAAAUUGGGGUGCUGACCACACAUGCAUCUACCGAUUCAAGUUACACGGACACCUCUAA